AUGAUCCUACUGGAUAACUCCCAGAAGCUGCUGACCCUAUACAAAUCCUUGGCCAGUAGCAUCCCCGAAUCCCUGAAGGUGUACGGCUCUGUGUAUCACAUCAAUCACGGGAACCCCUUCAACAUGGAGGUGUUGGUGGACUCCUGGCCCGACUAUCAGAUGGUUAUUAUCCGGCCUCAAAAACAGGAGAUGACUGAUGACAUGGAUUCAUACACAAAUGUAUAUCGUAUAUUCUCCAAAGACCCUCAAAAAUCACAAGAAGUUUUGAAAAAUUGUGAGAUCAUAAACUGGAAACAGAGACUCCGAAUCCAAGGUCUUCAAGAAAGUUUAGGUGAGGGGAUAAGAGCGGCUGCAUUUUCAAAUUCAGUGAAGGUAGAGUAUUCGAGAGCAGGCCUCUUCAUUACGGAAGAUAUCCUGAAGCUCAAUGCCUCCAAUAAAAGCAAGCUUGAAAGCUGGGUUGAGACAGGCCACCCAGAUGAUGAAUUUGAGAGCGAAACUCUCCAUUUGAAGUAUGCCCAGCUGGAUGUCUCUCAUUCUGGGCUGGUAAAUGACAACUGGAAUCUAGGAAAGAAUGAGAGGAGCCUGCGUUACAUCAACCGCUGCAUAGGAGCCCUGCCAGCAGCCUGUAUGCUGGGCCCAGAGGGGGCCCCAAUCUCAUGGUUAACCAUGGACCCUUCUUGUGAAGCAGGAAUGGCCUACAGCAUGGAAAAAUACCGAAGAAGAGGCAUCAUGGUGCAGCUGAUGUUGAGAUUCAGGAAAUAUCUGCGUCGGAAUAAUAUUCCAUAUUACUUCUCUAAACUGGACGUCAAUGAAAAGUACCGCAGGUUUAUGGGGCAGUACGGUGGCUUUGAGGUUUCCUGUGGGUGGCACCAAUGGACCUGCUAUCCACAGAAUCUAGUUCCAUUUUAG